GCAUAGUUUUAAUUAGCACCUUGACAACAGAGCAUCCUACUCAGUGGAGCCGUAAGCAUUAAAAAUAAAGGUCUUGGCAUUGUGAUAUUACCGUUCAAAACUGUUCAACUAAUCUUCACUUUGGCAGCUGAAAAGUUUUCAAAUUGUUGAGGCUUCCAAAAAUGCCGCGUUUGACAGCAGGACUUGAUGAGCAGAUCACCAUCUUCUCGCCAUCGGGCGAUUUACAUCAGAUUGACUUUGCCAAGAAAGCCGUGGCCUUGGAGAACACCACAGUGGCCCUGAAGACUGAACACACGGCAGUUUUGGCCACCCAGAAGCGAAUUGCCGACAAGACCAUCGUACUGCAGUCGGUGAGGCAUUUGUGGGCCACCACCCCAAAGAUUGGCUGCUGCAUGACCGGUCGCAUCGCCGACUCGCGCUAUCAAGUGCGGUGGGCCCUUAACGAGGCCACAAAAUUCCGAUACGCAUGCGGCUACGAUAUACCGGCACGGGCGCUGUGCGAACGCAUUGCGGACAUGAAUCAGCUGUACUCGAUGCAUCCCGAAAUCCGUCCGCUCGGCUGCAGCAUGAUUAUGAUCGACUACGACGAAAACGAACCCACGCUGCACAUGACAGAUCCCUCUGGGGACUUCAACAGCUACAAGGGCUGUGCGCUGGGGCCGCACGCUGACAAGGCCGAAGCGUACCUGGUAAAGCACUACAAGCACUAUUUGCCGCAGGAGCAGACCAUCCAGCUGGCCAUUAAUUGCCUGUGCACUGCCAUGGAUAUUGCGUUUGAGCCACUGCACUUGGAAGUGGGCCUCGUGAGCAAGGAUCAUCCGGAGUUUCGUAUUCUGGAUGAGCAGGAGAUUGCCUUGCAUAUCCAAAAUAUCAUGCUGUCUCAAUAAUGUGCCAUACACCCAAUACACAACAUUACAUACUGCAGGAGG